AUGGAGCUGACCAAGUUCCUUGUACUGCUUACUGUGGAGUGGAGCAUUUCCCUGGCUCUUCCUUUAGGGGACAGUCACGAUAAAUGGAGUGAAACCAAUGAUGAUCUUACUAAUGAGGAUGAUGGCCAUAAGACUAUAUUUGAGCAAAUUGAAGACAGGAACAAAGGUAUCCCCAAACCUCUAAUCGGAGGGGACAUUGCUUUUCAAGUUUCCCGCAGAGCAAUAAACUGUGAGAAUUGUUUGUGGACAAUAUCCCGAGAUGGGACAGUUAAUAUCCCUUAUCUCAUUUCCUCUAAAUACAGUAAUUCAGAGACAUCAUUGAUUAUGUCUGCUUUGGAGGAGUUUGAAGUCAUGAGCUGCAUUAAGUUUGUGAGCAGGAAUUCAGAAAGAGACUAUUUAAGCAUAGAACCAGGAUCAGGAUGUUGGUCUUACAUUGGAAGAAUUGUUGGCAAACAGAUAGUGAGCCUGGACAAAGUUGGUUGUGUCGGCUAUGGAACAGCCCAGCAUGAAAUAAUGCACUCGCUUGGCUUUUACCACGAACAUACCAGGAGCGACAGGGAUGAAUAUAUCGAUGUCAUAUGGGAGAACAUCAUAAAAGGUACUCAAGAAAACUUUUUGAAGGAGAACACACACAAUCUGAAUCUUCCAUAUGACUACAACUCUGUGAUGCAUUAUCACAGCUCUGCCUUUAGCAGUCCACGUAGCAAAACAACCUUAAUACCAAAACCUGACCCCAAAGUUCCUCUUGGACAGAGGGUAGGAUUGAGCAGUCUGGAUGUCAUGAAGCUGAACACCCUCUACAAAUGCAAUCUCUGUCGUUCAAAGUUCAUGAGUCCUUCAGGAUCGUUUAGAGCCGACAGCAGCUCCCUCAAGCAACUCGGUGACGGCUGUCUGUGGUUGAUCCAAAUCCCAAAAAAUAAGGUCUAUCUGCAGCUCCGUGACAUCAACAUUCCACAAUCCACUGGAUGUGAUGACAGCUACAUCAAAAUCUACGAUGGAGCUAGUAAAUCAGCCCAAGUUCUUCUGGACAAGACCUGCGGAGAUGUGGUACUCUUUGGUAUUUAUAUUUAA